AUGUCUGCGACCGAUGUAACCCUCAAGGCAAAAUAUCCGGCAAAAGCCCACUGUCGGCGGGUAUCCAAAUACCUGACUGAUGCCGGCUUCUCCGACGAUGGAGUCAUCUAUCUCGAAGCGCAGAAGACCCGCAUGGUUGAAGACGACGACCAGGCCAUGCAUUUCCGACAACGACGAUACUUCUUCUACUUGUCUGGCUGCAAGCUUCCCGACGCCUAUCUGACUUACAACAUCUCGCAAGACAUUCUGACCCUCUUCAUUCCUCCGAUCGAUCCCGACAGCGUCAUUUGGGCCGGGUUACCGGAGUCGAAAGAGGAGGCAUUGAAGAAAUAUGAUGUCGAUCAGGUCCUGUAUACCAAUGAAGUCAACGCCUCACUGGCAGCUUACUGUCCCUCCAAAUCCAGUACCGUCUAUGCCAUUCCGGAACAGGUGUCGGAACACAUCACGUUCCUUCCCUUCGCGACGGCGGAAUUUUCAUGCCUAAAGACCGCCAUCGACGAAUGCCGCGUAGUGAAAGACAGCUACGAAGUCGCCCUGAUACGAAAAGCCAACGAGAUCUCCACGAUGGCACACAUCGAAGCUGCCAAAGCUGCCCGCACCGCCACGAACGAGCAAGAACUCUACGGCGCCUUCGUCGGCACGUGCAUUUGUAACGGAGCACACGAGCAAGCAUACCACUCCAUCUGCGCCAGUGGCACGAGCUGCUCGACGCUCCACUAUGUCCGCAACGACCAGCCACUGGGCGAUCGUCUGAACGUGCUCCUUGACGCCGGGGCCGAGUACGAGUGUUAUUGCGCUGACAUUACCCGCACAUUUCCCAUUUCAGGGACAUUCACACCGGAGUCACAGACCAUCUAUUCCAUCGUCGACGAGAUGCAGUCGUCCUGUUUCAAGAUGCUCCAUGGCAACGUGCGCUGGGAAGACGUCCACGAGAAUGCACACUGGGUGGCGAUCCGAGGGCUGAAGAAGGCCGGCAUCUUGGUUGGCGACGAGCAGGAGAUCUUCAACAACCGUGUCAGCGUCGCGUUCUUCCCACAUGGCCUAGGCCAUUACCUCGGUAUGGACACGCACGACACGGGCGGCCACGCCAAUUACGACGACCCGGACGCAAUGUUCAAGUACCUGCGUGUCCGUGGUAAAGUUCCCGCGGGCGCCGUCAUCACCGUCGAACCGGGUAUUUAUUUCUGCAAGUUUAUCAUCGACCCGGUCCUCGAGGAUCCUGAGCUGAGUAAGUACAUCGAUAAGGCCGUCUUGGAUCGGUUCUGGGCCGUGGGCGGCGUGCGCAUCGAAGACGAUGUGCACAUUACAGAAGACGGUUAUGAGAAUUUGACGGAUACGCCCAAGAUAUGA